CUCUUGAAUAUACACAAGGCAGUACGGGCGUCCAGGCGAUUCGCGAGCGGGUACACCGAGGCUCAGAGCCGUCCAGGUGCCCCGCCCAGACCGCAGAGCUCGAUUAGGGGCUGAGGUGAAGCCCCGCGGCCAGGAGGGCUGAGUGAGUACCUCCCGGGUUCCCCGAAACUCACCUUCUUGGCUCGGGGGCUUCCGGCCAGUGCCAUCGCGCGGCGGCUGUGGCGGGCGCUGAGUGGCGGGCAGCGCACGGAGCCAGAAGCCCGCCCCUCGCCGGGGGGAGGGUCCCGCCGCCUCCUGCCGGCCCCGCCGCCCCGGCUGUCUGCUGGCUUGGGAGUAGGUGCCCGCGCCCUCGCCCUAUGGCCUCGACCUCGCCAUGUUCCGCUCGGGUGCGCUGCAGCUGCGGGGCUUCCCGCUGCGGGGCUCGCUCGGCCGCCCACGCUCCGUCUGCGGCCGCGAAGGAGAAGAAAACCCACCCUUAUGUGCAGAAACAAGAUGGAAAGACAGAGCAGAAACAGUGAUAAUUGGAGGUGGCUGUGUUGGUGUGAGUCUGGCUUAUCACUUGGCCAAAGCAGGCAUGAAAGACGUGGUCCUCCUGGAGAAAUCGGAGCUCACUGCUGGAUCUACCUGGCACGCAGCAGGUUUAACAACUUACUUUCAUCCUGGAAUAAACUUAAAGAAAAUACAUUAUGAUAGCAUCAAACUUUAUGAGAAACUGGAAGAAGAAACCGGACAGGUGGUGGGAUUCCAUCAGCCAGGUAGUAUCAGAAUUGCUACAACUCCUGUAAGGGUAGAUGAAUUUAAAUAUCAAAUGACUCGGACUGGCUGGCAUGCAACGGAACAGUAUAUUAUUGAACCUGAAAAAAUACAAGAGAUGUUUCCUUUACUCAACAUGAAUAAGAUUUUAGCUGGACUGUAUAAUCCUGGAGAUGGUCACAUUGAUCCUUACUCUCUAACUAUGGCCCUGGCUGCUGGGGCUAGGAAAUAUGGUGCCCUUUUAAAAUAUCCUGCACCGGUGACUUCUCUGAAACCCAAGUCAGAUGGAACAUGGGAUGUUGAAACACCACAGGGAUCUAUGAGAGCAAAUAGAAUUGUGAAUGCUGCAGGGUUUUGGGCUCGUGAAGUAGGUAAGAUGGUUGGACUAGAACAUCCUCUCAUUCCGGUUCAGCAUCAGUAUGUUGUCACAUCCACCAUCCCUGAAGUGAAAGCUUUAAAGCGAGAACUCCCGGUGCUCCGUGACCUGGAAGGAUCUUAUUACCUCCGACAGGAAAGGGAUGGGCUUUUGUUUGGUCCAUAUGAAAGUCAAGAGAAAAUGAAAGUUCAGGACUCAUGGGUCACCAGUGGAGUUCCUCCAGGUUUUGGAAAGGAGCUCUUUGAGUCUGAUCUAGACCGAAUCAUGGAACACGUUGAGGCUGCCAUGGAAAUGGUUCCAGUCUUGAAGAAGGCUGACAUCAUCAAUAUCGUCAAUGGUCCUAUCACCUAUUCUCCUGACAUUCUGCCCAUGGUAGGGCCCCAUCAGGGGGUCAGAAACUACUGGGUGGCUAUAGGCUUUGGGUAUGGCAUAAUCCAUGCUGGUGGGGUAGGGAAAUAUCUCAGUGACUGGAUCCUGCAUGGAGAACCUCCUUUUGAUCUGAUAGAAUUGGAUCCCAAUCGCUAUGGCAAAUGGACAACAACUCAGUACACCGAGGCCAAAGCAAGAGAGUCAUAUGGAUUCAACAAUAUUGUUGGUUACCCUAAAGAAGAACGGUUUGCCGGGAGGCCAACUCAGCGAGUCAGUGGGCUUUAUAAAACCCUGGAGCCUAAGUGUUCCAUGGGGUUCCAUGCAGGCUGGGAGCAGCCACACUGGUUCUAUAAACCAGGCCAGGACACUGGGUACAGGCCAAGUUUUCACCGCACAAACUGGUUUGAUCCUGUGGGCUCUGAGUAUAAACAGGUUAUGCAAAGAGUAGGGGUGAUUGACCUGUCACCAUUUGGCAAGUUUAAUAUCAAAGGCCAAGACUCCAUUAGAUUGUUGGACCAUCUCUUUGCAAAUGUCAUUCCCAAGGUGGGUUUUACAAAUAUAAGUCACAUGUUAACACCAAAAGGUCAAGUAUAUGCUGAGUUGACAGUUUCUCACCAGUCUCCUGGGCAGUUUCUAUUAAUAACUGGUUCUGGAUCAGAACUUCAUGAUCUUAGAUGGAUUGAAGAAGAGGCUGUCAAAGGUGGAUAUGAUGUUGAAAUUAAAAACAUAACCGAUGAGCUUGGAGUCCUUGGCGUCGCAGGGCCACAUGCAAGAAAGGUCCUUCAGAAACUGACCUCUGAAGAUCUUAGUGAUGAUAUUUUCAAGUUUCUUCAGACCAAGUCUUUAAAGGUUUCCAACAUUCCUGUCACUGCUAUCAGGAUAUCUUAUACUGGUGAGCUGGGUUGGGAGCUGUACCACAGACGAGAAGAUUCUGCGGCACUUUAUGACAUUAUCAUGAAUGCAGGCCAGAAAGAGGGAAUUGACAACUUUGGAACCUAUGCCAUGAAUGCCUUAAGACUGGAGAAAGCUUUCAGAGCCUGGGGGUCAGAGAUGAACUGUGAUACAAAUCCCUUGGAAGCUGGACUGCAAUAUUUUGUAAAGCUAAAUAAGCCAGCAGACUUCAUAGGAAAGCAAGCACUGAAACAGAUUAAAGCCAAGGGGCUGAAACGGAGACUGGUCUGCCUCACCUUGGCAACGGACGAUGUUGAUCCGGAGGGAAAUGAAAGCAUCUGGUAUGAUGGCAAGGUGGUUGGCAACACGACCUCCGGAAGCUACAGUUACAGCAUCCAGAAGAGUCUGGCUUUCGCGUACGUCCCUGUAGAGCUAAGUAAAGUGGGACAACAAGUGGAAGUUGAACUAUUAGGCAAAAAUUACUCAGCAACCGUCAUAAAAGAACCCUUGGUGUUGACGGAACCAAUCAGAAACCAACUUCAGAAAAAAGGUGGAAAGGACAAAAUUUGAAAAGACUUUGAGCAGGCAACUGAAUUAUGGUUGCUAUAUGAUUGCACUGAAAAUUAUAACUGAUUUGCUGGGGAAUAAGGGAAACCAAAAAAUUUAUUUCAAAAUCAUCAGAAUCUUAAAACCGUUCUCUUGUUUUCUAAGCAAGAUAGAAUAAUGCAUGA